AAUUAUAUCCACAGACAAUCUCUUAUCUGCUGCCAGCCACAUGGCACAGCGUGGACGAACUUGUGCUAUGUAGAUCUACACCAAAUCAAAGGCGUGGAGUCAAGUACUUCGAAUUAAACAACCAAAUGAGGCUGAGUUACAUUAGCAAACCUCCUCUAAACCCGAGUGCAGCCCGAGGCACAGGCGAUUUACUCUGACAGCAAGUGCGAGAGGCGAAUAACGUUUUGUAUCAAUGGCAGUAACUUUCCAAAUGCCGACAAGAUAAUCCACAGUACUAGUGUGAACACAGUCCGGAGCUAGUGUUCUGAAUGCAUCUCCAAGGGUUCCUCUGUAAUGGAGAGCAGGAUGGAUCAGGAUGAAGUUCAGAAACCGGAGCCUGGGAGAAAUACGGGAAACCAUAACGAUUCGAAUACGGAUUUGCAAGUCACCUACACCCACAAAGAGGUUGCGUUUUUUCAUUUACAUCAAACACAUCAUUUUGAUGAGUUUGAAUACCCUUCAGAUCAAUACUGCAAGCAAGAUCUCUUCCCCAAAUGGCACUUGCCACUGAAGAUAGCAUCUAUAGCCUCAUUGCUAAUAUUUAUCUAUACUUUUCUGAGAGAUGUUGUCCACCCUUUUGUCACUACUAAUGAAAACACUUUCUAUAAAAUUCCAAUCCUGGUCAUAAACAAAGUUUUACCAGUGGUUUCAAUCACCCUUCUUGCACUGGUUUAUUUACCAGGGAUAUUAGCUGCAGGUUUCCAGCUCCACUAUGGGACCAAGUACAAACGAUUUCCACAGUGGUUGAAUGGGUGGAUGUUAUCAAGAAAGCAACUCGGCCUUCUCAGUUUUUUCUUUGCCUCAAUGCAUGCAUGCUAUAGCUUGUGCUACCCAAUGAGGAGAUCUUACAGAUACAAGCUUUUGAACUGGGCGUACCAACAGGUCAAGCAAAAAAAGGAAAAUGCCUGGAUUGAACAUGAUGUCUGGAGAAUGGAGAUUUAUGUGUCUCUAGGGAUUCUGGGACUAGCUCUGCUGGCCAUACUGGCAGUAACAUCAAUUCCAUCUGUCAGCCAUUCUUUGACCUGGAGAGAGUUUCACUGUAUUCAGAGCAAGAUGGGGUAUUUAGCUUUGCUGCUAUGCACAAUUCACGCAUUGGUAUUUGCCUGGAAUAAAUGGGUUGACGUAAACCAAUUUGUAUGGUACACCCCCCCUACAUUUAUGAUAGCCAUUUUUCUUCCUAUUAUAGUCCUGCUUUGUAAAAGCGUCCUGCUUCUCCCAUGCCUUAGGAAGAAGAUCCAGAAGAUCAGAUGCGGUUGGGAUGCUAACACAGAGAUGAAUAAAACACAGAUGACUUCCAGACUGUAGAUUGAAUGAGUGUUUAUCCUGCUGCCAUGUAUAGAUUUAAUGAGCUCUA